AUGUUGUACCCUGUAACACUUUCCCCAACGAUGCCACCAAAAUUGAGAAAAAAGAAAAAAUCUCCAACAGCUCCCAAGGAGGACAUCAAUGUUGGCACAUCUUCAAAGGGUAUAGAAAAACCCGAAAAAAUAGUAUCGCCUUUUCCAAGGGAACCGUUUACAGUUUCUAUGGAGGGUGUUGAGUCCACCGAAAUUGCCCCAUCUACGAAAGACAGAGAGAAGAAAGAAGAUCUAGACAUCGAUGAUAAGCACAUUCAAGUUAUCAGAGACCAAGAGAUCACUGGUCAAGCUUUCCUCCGUUUAACUGAAGAAAAACUUAUGCAAGAUGUUUUAUGUCGUGGACUAGCAGAAUCGAUCGCAUCUUUGGUUGAAACUCUUAAAGGCGGAGAAGUAACACUAAAGCGUAAAUAUGAGAAAUCACCAGAAGUCUUAACUGAGAUUGUAGAAAGAGCUGUAGAAAAAUCAGUGCAUAAAGAAUUUUCUCAGCAAAUACCUAAUAAAAUAUCAGUAUCAAGCCUUUCCCAAUUAGGGAUGAGAAAAAUUAUUGAUGAUGUUGGAUUAAAGAUUAUAGUAUUCAUAGAUGAAGAUUUCCAACCAAUUGAAACUAUAUCAUAUAAUCCGUUCAGGGGUUUCCAUAUAGCGGAUAUCCAUACGCAAAAGAACUAUCAACGACAUUUGCGAGAAGCCAACAUCACUUUAACAGGUGGUGGAGAUAUUUCUAUUAGACCAAGUGAAACAGCAUGUAUCUGGAUCGAAACUAAGAAAAAAGCGAAGGAUUUUAGUGAGGAUCAGGCCAUAGGAGAUGAUCAUGGUGUUGCCUUGGCGAUAAUUAAAGGGUUUGUACUUGAAGAAAGGAUGUUUCUUAAUGAAUUGAUAGGAAAAGACGUCACUUAUGAAGUAAAAUUGCCUGAACCUCUUAAAAAGAAAGUGAAGUUUCUUGAAUGUAUAUUUGAAGUAGAUAAUGAGGACAGGAUAGCAGAUAUGGUUGGUGACAUGUCGGAGCAGAAAUUAUUUAACAUGACAGUUUGUAAAAGAUUAAUGUUGGUAAGAGAUUUUUGUAGACUGGAUGAACAGCCACAAGGCUUUUGGAAGAAUACCACAGGCGAGAAUAAUUGGAUAGGUAGAAUAGGAGGAAAAAUUGGUCUUCUGAAG